AUGACACAAUACAACAUCUCCAUAACCUCCGACAUAGUCUGCCCCUGGUGCUACAUAGGCCACACCCGCCUCUCCCGCGCCAUCACCCACCACAAAUCCAUCCAUCCCAACGACACCUUCCACCUCUCCUACAAAUCCUUCUACCUCAACCCCGCCGCCCAAACAGGCGACUAUUCCCAACCGCCCUUCCCAAUCCCUUCUUCAAACCGCAGGGAGUACUACGCCAGCAAAUUCGGGCCCCAACGCGCCAUCCAGAUCGAGCGCAUGAUGAUCGAAACCGCCGGUCGGGAGGGGCUAAAUUUCAGCUUUGACGGGAAGACUGGACCGUCGAGGAACGGGCACCGCUUGGUGCGGUACGCGCAGAAUCAUGGUGGCGAGGAUGCGCAGAAUCGGGUUAUGUUGGGGCUGUGGAAGCGGUACUUCGAGGAUGCAGUCGAUAUCACUACUUUGGAGACGCUGACUGAGGUGGGUGUGGAGGCUGGAUUGGGGAACGAGAAGGAAGUGAAGGCGUAUCUCGAAAGCGGGAAGGAUGCUAAGGAGGUGGAUGAUGAGGCGGAGGAGGCAAGGCAGAAGGGCAUCAAUGGUGUGCCGAACUAUGAGAUCCAGGGCAUUUGGGAGGUCAGUGGCGCGCAGGAGCCGAGGGCUUUUGAGCAGCUGUUUGCAAGGUGGAAGGAGAUGGAGAAGAAAAAGGGCGCCGCGGAGGCGGCCAACGGGACCAAUGGAAGUAGUGGAGGCGCGGCGUGUCUGUGA